UAUCGGGGGAGACAAUGAACAAGAGUGUAGUACCAGGAAGGAAGCCAGAAUGAAAAUGCUGGCAAGUCAACACUGUGGAAUGGUACAGACCCGGAACUUUAUCCCGACACAGUAAGAAAGUGUGUAGAAUAUCAGCACACUUUUUCUUCAGAAGUUUCGUGUUUUAAAGUUCUUUAACCUUUUAAAGUUACAGUGGGACAUCAUGUUAAAAUGGAAUCGGCUGACUCUGUUACUCGAAAGGAUUUUUCAGAUGUAGAUAUAGUAAAUGACAAUUACUCAGAUGAAGGCGAAGACGACUUGUUUGUGAAUUCGUCGGGUGGCACGUUGGCAAGAGGCUUUCAUCCUCCUGUUUUCCAGCAGUGGAUUCCCACACAAGCUGUCAGACCACUCAAUGAAGUACUUUAUGGGGGAAAUGAUUCCACGACAUCGUCGCGCGUAGUGUUCCCGGUAGGGAAAACCGCUGCUUGGAAUAAAGAUCCCAUAGCAGCGGAAAGUGGGGAAAUUGAAGUCUUAGUUGUUACGGAAAGCAGUGACUCUCCUGGCAAUAAGAAGCAGACUGAUGAGCCCUCGAACCGUCACAGCCGGACGCAGUCAAUUGUGGACGGAUUGCUCACGGAACUGUAUGACACUUACACUUGUGGCGCAAGAAAUGCUUUUGACAGUGUGGACAGCUCAACGGAAGCGUCCAGUUCCGAUGCUUUCCUUGGAAGAAGUAAUUCGGGAUCCAGGUUCCUCCAAGAACUUCAGGAGAAGCAAACACGGAGACACCAGAUGAACUAUUUGGCUCAGAAAGAAAUUGAUGAGCUUAAAAGAAUAAUUGAGGAGCUAAGAUACAGAAUAGGAGUACAGUCUGCUAAGCUGAUUCGUCAACUCAAAAGGAAGGACCGGAGUUUGCGAAAAAUACAAAAGAACUGUGAUGUGGUGACUGCAUGCUUGCAGGCAGUUUCACAGAAGAGGAGGAUUGACACAAAACUGAAGUUUACACUUGAGCCAUCACUAGGCAAAAGUGGGUUUCAGCAGUGGUAUGAUGCGCUUAAAGCAGUUGCUCGAUUACCAACAGGAAUUCCAAAAGAAUGGAGGCAAAAGGUAUGGUUGACACUUGCCGAUCAGUAUUUGCAUAGCAUCUCUAUUGACUGGGAGAAGACCAUGCGCUUUACUUUCAAUGAUCGAAGUAACCCUGAUGAUGAUUCGAUGGGCAUACAAAUUGUCAAGGACCUUCAUCGAACAGGAUGCAGUUCCUAUUGUGGACAGGAAGCCGAGCAGGAUCGAGUGGUAUUGAAGCGAGUGCUGCUGGCAUAUGCACGCUGGAACAAAUCUGUUGGCUACUGCCAAGGUUUUAAUGUGUUGGCAGCUCUAAUACUAGAAGUAAUGGAAGGAAGUGAAGGGGAUGCACUAAAGGUUAUGAUCUACCUGAUAGAUAAAGUACUUCCAAACAGCUAUUUUGCUAAUAAUCUGCGUGCAUUGUCUGUGGAUAUGGCCGUAUUCAGAGACCUUCUGAGGUUAAAGUUGCCUGAGCUUUCCCAGCAUUUAUACAAUCUACAGAAAACUUCAAGAAAGGAGAGUGGAGGAGGCUAUGAACCACCACUUACAAACGUAUUCACUAUGCAAUGGUUCCUUACUUUGUUUGCUACCUGUCUUCCUAAACACGCAGUGUUAAAAAUCUGGGAUUCCAUAUUUUUUGAAGGUUCCGAGGUCACACUCAGAGUUGCUCUAGCAAUAUGGGCCAAACUAGGAGAGCGAAUUGAAAGUUGUUUGAAUGCACAUGAGUUUUAUUGCACCAUGAGCAAGCUGACCCAGGAAAUGUUAGAAGGUAACUUAAUUGACAGCGGUGAAUUAAUGCAGACUGUUUAUUCAAUGGCUCCUUUUCCUUUUCCACAACUGGCUGAAUUAAGGGAAAAAUAUACCUACAAUAUCACUCCAUUCACAGCAGCUAUAAAACCUGCCUCAUCAUCUGGAACUGAAAUGGGAUGUUUGCCACUGAGCCCAUUUGUUAAGUUCUGCUGGCUGCAAUAUUACUGCUUCAUAAUUUUGUAUGCAGCAAGUAAUAAGGUCGUUUGUAAUAACCAACAAACAUUGCCCUUAAAGGAAAGAAUGUUGAAUAAAAGCCAAGACGGUGAAGAGGAAAUUGAUAUGGAUGAUGAAGAUGCUAUAGCAAAUGUAGUUGGUUGUCUGGGACCAUUUAGUGGACUGCUUGCAACAGAACUGCAGAAAUAUCAAAAGCAAGUGACAGAUGACAAGGAGGAACAAAGUCUUGGAUCUAAUAACAUUGCUGAACUGAGUCCUGGGGCUAUUGAUUCCAAUCUCAGUGAAUGCCAUGCUGUGUUUAAUAGUAUGAUGAUGGAGCGCAUGACAACAGACAUCAGUGCAUUGAAGUGUCAGUAUUCCCGAAUCAAAAAAAAGCAACAACAGCAGGUUCAUCACGUGUAUAUCAACGCAGACAAAGGACCUGUCACCAGCCUUCUACCAUGUCAGAUUAGUCAGACCCCAGUAAUUAACCAUCUCUUACUGGGUAAAAGAAUGAAGUCAACAAAUAAGACUACAAGAAAUGCCAUUGUUCAUGUAACAGGUUCAAAAAUCUCAUUUCCCCAUGAAGACUUGAAAACAAAACUGAAUUCACCAUGGCGGACACACAUUAGAGUUCAUCGAAAGAAUAUAGCGAGAGCAAAGGGUCAGUUAGGCUAUGGGGAUACUGUUGGCUUAAUUGAAGAGCAGUGUGACAUUAUUAGAGAUGGAAACAGUAAGGCAAAAGAAUCAACACAGAGCCCUACACGCACCCCAGGAGAAGUCAUGGAUGGUACAGAGGACAGGGCUGUUCUGGAAGCAGAUGGGCAGUCCCCAAAGUCUAUCUUCAAGGACACACAAGCUAUCAUAACUGAAGUUCAGCAUAGGUUAGAAACAUUGGAGUUGAAACACAAUGAAAAUAUAGAGUGUUUGCCAAUGACAAAACAGUACCAAAGACGUUUGUCUGAUUCAUCUAGCUCCGAAAGUGGAACACUUUGUCAAACCCUCAGAGCCAGCACUUCAAAAUCACUAGUGUUCAGCCCCUUCCCCAGUGUUAAACCUCUGAAGAAGUCAGCUACUGCCAGAAACUUGGGACUGUAUGGGCCAACAGAGAGGACCCCUACUGUGCACUUUCCCCAGAUGAGCAAAAGUGUUAAUACUUCUUUAGAUGGCAACAGUGGAAGCAAAAAACGAUGAUGCUGUUUAAUUAUUGCACACUAGGUGUGUAAAGAUUUCUAAGUAAAUACACUAUUUCUUUAAUGCUUCUUAUAACUUAUUCAUAAGUAAAAACAGUGACUGUUGUGUAUUUUGAACCCAAAGGAGCAUGCUAGCAACUGAUCAUAUACAACUCUCUUACAAAGGGUAGUGACUGUUAAAUUUAUUUUCUUUUGGGGGGUAAAUUAAAUAAAGAUAUGCUGCAUUUCAGGAAAAAAAAUAAUAGGUUAAUUUAUUAGUACAAAAACUAUACAAAAAGUAUUUUUGAUUUUACGGUAUGGCAAUAAACAGUAUUGAAUGUA